AUGAAGAGUCCUUUCUUUUCGCUCGCCGCCCUCGCGGCGUUCGUGGCCUCUGGUCUAGGAGCAACCGACUACCACGAACGACUCACUUUACAACCACUUCCGACCUCAUCGCUCCUCGCUUCAUUCAAUUUCCGCAGUAACUCGUCUAUUUCAGCUUUUCAUAAUCAGCAUUUCCGCUAUUUCCCGCGAUCUUUGGGGCAGAUUCUGCAGCAUACAAAUACCAAGGAGCUGCAUAUCCGCUUCACGACUGGCCGAUGGGACGAUGAGAGUUGGGGCGCUAGGCCGUCGGAGGGAUACAAGGAGGGCGCUACUGGUGUAGAAUUGUGGGCAUGGAUUGAUUCUGAGUCUCAGGAAGAAGCGUUCGCACAUUGGAUAUCCCUGACCCAAUCCCUCUCCGGCCUGUUCUGCGCUUCUAUGAACUUCAUCGAUUCCACACGUACGACGAGCCCAGUCGUGUCUUUUGAGCCUCUGGGUGAUCAUUCAUCCGAUCAACUACAUCUCCUCCAUGGAACACUACCCGGCGAGGUAGUUUGCACGGAAAAUCUCACGCCUUUCCUGAAAAUGCUUCCAUGCAAAGGAAAGGCGGGUAUCUCGAGUCUGUUUGAUGGACAUAAAUUAUUUGAUGCUUCCUGGCAGAGCAUGUCCAUCGACAUUAGACCGAUUUGUCCUUUUCGGGAGGGCGAAUGUUUGGUUGAAAUAGAACAAAGUGUUGAUAUGGUUUUAGAUAUCGAUCGGUCCAAACGUCCUCGUGACAAUCCCAUCCCACGACCUGUUCCAAAUGAAGAACUGGUCUGUGACCCUUCAAAACCUUACAACACCGACGAUACUUGCUAUCCCUUGGAGAAAAGGUCCGAAGUCGGAUGGACGCUUUCCGAGAUUUUUGGCCGUCCCAUCAAGGGACAUUGCCCUUUGACAGAUGAAGUUGGGCCUGGUGCUCAAACGGUGUGUUUGAAUGUGCCGGAUAGUCGGACUGUCUUGUCGACUCCCGGUGCAACCGAAACGAAAGAUAGUAGGGGCUUUUCUCGAUGCUAUACCCUAUCGUCAUCAACUGAUUUUGACAUUGUGGUGCCGGAAGAGGAAGUCAAGAUUCCGGUCCCGCUGCAACAAGGAGUGCUGCAUGCUGAAAGAACAAUUAUCGGACAUGGACAGGAACGCGGUGGCCUGCGCGUGAUUUUUAGGAACCCGUCAACCUUUGAAAGCGUGGAUUUCAUAUACUUUGAAUCUCUACCUUGGUUCAUGCGUCCAUAUUUACAUACUCUACAGGCUACCGUUGUCGGCAACGAUGGUAUCUCACGACAACUGCCCUUUUCAGAAAUCAUCAAAGGCAUAUACUACCGCCCUGCUAUCGACCGACAGAAAGGCACUCAGCUGGAAUUGGUCCUCUCGGUCCCCGCAGACUCGACCGUCACACUCAUCUACGACAUUGAAAAGGCCAUUCUACGAUAUACCGAGUAUCCUCCCGACGCCAACCGCGGAUUCAACGUAGCACCGGCGGUAAUUAGAAUCCUAGACCAAGAGAAGCGCUCUCCAAUCUACCUUCGCACUACGGGACUGCUCUUGUCUCUCCCGACACCGGAUUUCAGUAUGCCGUACAACGUCAUCAUCUUGACGAGCACUGUCAUGGCCUUGGGGUUUGGAAGUAUUUUCAACCUGCUGGUUCGCCGGUUUGUGCCUGCAGAUGAGCCGGCGUUGCGGUCUUUGAGCUUGAAGGCUCGUCUGGCUAGCAGAUUGGUGACGAUACGUGAUCGAUUCAAAAGCAAGACCUCGAAGAUGAAGAAAAGUGAUUGA